CUCUGCGUUUCUGCUCAUCUUUCUAGGGUUUCUGAACUUCUCCCUUCUUUGAUUCCUCCCUUCGUUCCCAAGAAUUUUCUAGGGUGGUUGCUGUUUGGUUUCCUAGAAAAUAUUGGCUUUUCCCAGUGAUUUUCUUUUUGUUUUUCCUCCUUCCUUAGCACCUUGAAAGAUGAAACCUUUCUAUGGGAUCAUGGGCUGCUAUUAUUGAUCUCUUAAAAAUUUGUUUUCUUUGCAUAAAGGCUGAUACUUGUUUGCUUUACUAGAAAAUUUAGGCUGUUUUCUUUCUGGGUUUUACUUCUUCUCUUUCCUUUGACCUUUUAAGCCGUAGCUCCCGGUUGCCACUACUGGUCUCUUCAAAAUUUGUAAUUUUUCUCUGCAAAGGUUGAAACUUUAGUAAUAGCUACACAAUGCGUAGCUACUUACUAUAUAUCUCGGGACUUUGCCCAAUUUUGAUGUUGCAGUUAUCAUCUUCUAACAAAAGGGCAGAAUUAUGAGUUCUGAAGCAUGCAAAAGACCAUUGAACGAUACUCUAUCUAUACAAAAGAAAUUCCAACUCACAAGCCUGAAAUGGAACAACACAUGCAGGUCCUCUGUUUCUGUUUAUCUUUCUAGGUUUUCUGAACAUCUCACUUUUUUUGAUUCCUCCCUUUGUUCCCAAGAAUUUUCUAGGGUGGUUGCUGUUCGGUUUCCUAGAAAAUUUCGAAAUUUUUUUUAAAAUGUUUGUCCUCCUUCCUUUGCACCUGAAAUGAUGAAACUAUUCUAUGGGAUUAUGGGCUGCUAUUAUUGAUUUCUUCUAAAUUUAUUUUCUUUGCGGCUGAAACUUGUUUUCUUUCCCAGAAAAUUUAGGCAAGUUUCUUUCUGGGUUUUCCUUCUUUUUCUCUUUCCUUUGAGCUUUAAGAACCGUCCUCAUGGGCUGCCAUUAUUAAUGUCUUCAAAUUUUGUAAUUUUUCUUUACAAAUGUCGAAACUUUAGCAAGAACCACACACUGCGUAGCUACUCAAUAUAUGUCUGGGGACUUCGGUCAAUUUCGUAAGAAGAUGGUGAGAGGAAAAAUUGUGAUGAAAAGGAUCGAGAAUGCAGCAAGCAGACUAGUGACCUUCUCCAAGCGUCAAAACGGGCUGCUUAAGAAGGCUUUUGAGCUAUCUGUUAUCUAUGAUGUCGAUGUUGCAGUUAUAAUCUUCUAACAAAAAGGAAGACUUGAUGAGUUCUCAAGCUCCGACAAGGAAAACGCUAUUGAACGGUACUCUGUGUAUACAUAAGAAAGUCCAACUCACAAGCCUGAAAUGGGACAACACAUGCAGAGUGCAGCACUUGGGGAUUGGAACAGCAAAUAUGUUUAAAAGAUUGAGUUUCUGGAUGUUUCUAGAAGGUUCAAUAUUGAUUUAAUGCUUAUGUCAUGUUACUUCACCUGAUCAUCCAGGUGAAAGGAUUUCUAAAGUUUGAAAUUUUGAUGUCAUAAAGGAAGUUGUUAGGUCAAGGAUUAAGCUUGUGUUCUGUGAGGGAACUUCAAGAGAUUGAUAGCCAGCUUUCUAGCUUGAAAAACAUCAGGCCAAGAAAGUUUUGCAACCUUUAAGUUUGCACUUUGGCUAAAAGUAGUUGCAUUAAUGAAUCAGAACAUGAUUAUAAGACUUCUGCGUUCGAAUGAAAGUUAGCAUUUGAGUUACUAUCAAAUGAGCUUUUUUGUCAUUUUUAGAGAGUAUUUGCACUGCCACUGGACCCUUGUAGACAUAAAACAGCCACAUUUCCUCAGACUCGCCUCCUCCUUAGGUUGUACUCAUAGAUAGAGCUGCAACCCACAUUGCUUCCACAAUUUAAAUGGUCCGAGGUCUCCUCAAUGAUGUGGGAUUGGAGUCUCUAAUAUACCCUGUACUAGAUCCUUCAUUGUGCCUUCUACCUACAUAGCAGAGGAUAAAAAGCCUUGGAUAUAUGCAUUUUAAGGACAUCUAUUACAAAGAUCCUUAUGUGGAAAAAUUUGGUGAAGCAUUAAAGGUUAUAAAUAGUAAGCAGGAGCUUAUUCACAUGCGGUACCUUUUAAAUGAAAGGGGAAUUAUAGAUGUGUAUGUUAAGCAUGUCUGUGAUGAAUCAAACAUUUUAGAUUUGCUUGAAGGUGGCACUGUUCUGCAAGAAGCAGUUGAUGAAGGUACAAUGGACAUUGGGGAAGGUUGUGCAACACAAAAUUCACAACCAACCCCAAAUUUUCAUGAAGCUCCAGAAACAGCAGCUAAAGGUGAUGCUAAUGAAACAAAUGCAAUGAAUGGAGGUGAUGUAGCCCAACAAGAAGAUCUACAGAAGAAUGAUCAUGAUGAUGAGGAGCUGCCUAAUAUUGUGCGUAAUGAUGCAGAUGAUGAGGAUAGUGGGGAAGGUUGUGUGACACAAAAUUCACAACUAGUCCCAAAUUUUCAUGAAGCUCUAGAAACAGCAGCUGAAGGUGAUGCUGACGAAACAGAUGUAGUGCAUGGAGGUGAUGCAACCCAACAACAAGAUCAAGAAAAGAAUGAUCAUGAUGAUGAGGAUUUGCUUGAUAUUGUGCCUAGUGAUGCAGUUGAUGAGGAGGUGCUUGAAUUUAUUUGCAAUAAAAAGAAACAUAAAGCCAGUGCAAGAAAAAAUGCAUAUGGUGUUGGACCAAGCGGCACAAUCCAUGACUCCCCUACCACAGUUAAUGAAGAGGGUGAAAGGCUUCCUAUAGGAACUGAUGACCAUGGAGAUUUGGGUUCUAAUUCUAGCUUUGAAAAUAGUGAAGAUGAAUUUGAGGUUUCUAGUGAUGAUUCAAGUAAGUACAAUGUUGCAGAUGAACAUGAACUUGAAGAAGAAGAACAAGAUGUAAGAACUACUAGAAGGAAUGAUUUAUGGUUUAAUCCUUCAUGGAAUAUUGUUUGGUUUGAGGUAGGGAUGAGGUUUGAGCAUGUAGCACAGUUUAAGGAGGCUAUAGCUAAGUACCAAAUUCAAAAAGGCUGUAGGGAACACACUUGCUUUAGGAGUUUGAAGUUUGACAUGGUUGGGUCGAGGGUACUUGCAGAACAUCAUAGGAACAGAAUUUUUGCCAAUUCACAUAUCAGAAUCAAUGAGAUAGUGAGAUUGUCUCAUUUAGAAUUAAAAGUUUAUGUUUCAAAUGAUAAGUGUAAAUUAGCAAAGGAAAGGAUUAUGAAGGAGGUGAAGGAAAUUUACACGAAGGAAUUUGCUCAAUUAAGAAGGUACGCAGAAGAGCUGUUGAAAUUAUUCCCUCAGUCAAAUGUUCAAAUUAACAGUGAGCCACCCACAACUCCAGAGGGAAAGCCUAUGUUUAAAGGAAUUUAUGUGUGUCUAGAAGGAUGUAGAAAGGGUUUUCUACUGGGCUGUAGACCAGUAAUUGGAGUAGAUGCCUGUUUCCUCAAGGGGAUGUUCAAAGGAACUCUUUUGGCAGCUGUUGCAAGGGAUGGAACAAUCAAAUGUUCCCAAUAGCUUGGGCUGUUGUUGACUCAAAGUGUACCAGCUCAUGGACCCUUUUUUUUUUUUAUAUGCCUAGCUAAUGAUCUAUCAAAUCACACCGGGCGAGACUUAACGUUCAUUUCGGACCAAUAUCCUACGGGGAUAUAAAGAAAAUGAGGGGUUUUGUGGUUUGAGUGUGGAGAGAGUGCUCUAUCAAAAAUCGAUAGAUCGUGUGCGUUGCUACUCAUCCUUCCAAGAAGAUGGUGAGAGGGAAAAUUGUGAUGAAAAGGAUUGAGAAUGCAGCAAACAGACUAGUGACCUUCACCAAGCGUCGAAAUGGGCUGCUUAAGAAGGCUUUUGAGCUAUCCGUUCUCUGUGAUGUCGAUGUUGCAGCUAUAAUCUUCUCACAAAAAGGAAAACUUUAUGAGUUCUCAAG